ACCGUGACCUCACAAACAUGGCGGCGCCCGGGAGCAGGUACAGUUGGUUCGUUUCCGUUUCUAGAAAAGUGGGAAGUUUUCUAUUUAACUCAGUUUUCAGUUCACAGGCGGCGACGUGCGUCAGCAACAUGGACUCGGAGAGACCAGCCAAGCUGGAGUUUGCGGUGCAGAUGACAUGUGAGAGCUGCGCAGAUAAAGUCCGAGCUGCUCUGGAGGGUAAACCUGGAGUGAACUCUGUCAGUGUCGACGUCAGUAAGGAGCAGGUGCUGGUGGAAUCGGCUCUGACCAGCGCAGAGGUGCAGGCUCUGAUAGAGAGCACUGGACGCAGGGCCGUGCUGAAAGGCAUUGGAGGAUCAGAGCAAGACCUGGGUUCAGCAGUGGCCAUGCUGGCUGGCGUGGGAAAGAUCCAGGGGGUAGUGCGUUUCCUGCAGCUGUCUGAGGAGCGUUGCUUGAUUGAUGGGACCAUUGAUGGGUUGGAGCCUGGACCCCACGGCCUCCACAUCCACACCCUGGGGGACCUCACGCUGGACUGCCACAGUUGCGGAGAGCACUAUAACCCCUUUGGAAGACAACACGGUGGUCCAGGGGACUCUGAAAGGCAUGUAGGUGAUCUGGGAAAUAUUGUUGCUGGACCAGAUGGCAGAACCUCAUUUAGGCAAGAGGACCAUCAGAUAAAAGUGUGGGAUGUGAUUGGCCGAUCGCUGGUAGUGGACGCAGGGGAGGACGAUCUGGGUCGAGGCAAUCACCCUCUCUCCAAACAGACUGGAAACUCUGGGGAAAGGCUGGCCUGUGGGAUCAUCGCCCGAUCAGCAGGUCUUUUCCAAAACCCCAAACAGAUUUGUGCCUGUGACGGGGUCACGCUGUGGGAGGAGAGAGACAGACCGAUAGCUGGGAAAGGUCGAAGAAAGGCCAGCACAGAGACUCCGGCAGCACACCUCUGAACAUCUGAAACGCCAAACACAUCUGUAACCUAUGUUGGACAGUUUGAAAAGAAAUGCAGGGGGUCAUUUGUCGACAGAGGGUCAGAGUGAAGCGAGCGACAUGGAGCACUGAGGAAUAUAUUUCCAGACAGCUGGGCAGAUGACCAAAGAAAAAUAGCCUUAUUUUCUUGAUAUUUUUUGCAGUGAGGAAAUCUAAUACUCUUGCAGUGGCUGUUUGUGCCCUCUGAGGAUUAUAAAAGCACUAAAGCAGAUUAGCUUGGGAGUUGAGAAAGGUAACCUCUGAUUAGCUAGAUGUCUGUAAAUACUGUUAAAUCUUUGUAUAACCAGUCGCCUCUGGCACAUCUGUCUCGUCACUGUCUAAAUUGAUGCGCUUGUAAGAUUUGAGGUACCCAUUUUAGCUGUGUACUGGCUGCGAUUAAAUGCACUUCAAUUUGCUGUUAAAGUGUAUGAAUGAAUCAUGCAAGCCUCUCAAAAACAGUAGUAGUAAAAAAAAAAAAACAUUACACUGCUAACAUCCUACAACUCUCAUCACCUAACUCUAAUCACUGAGUUAACUCAGUGAUUCCCAGCCAGGGGCACUUAUUCACCAGGGGUUACUUCUGCAGUGCAGUGGAUACGUGGAAGCAGUGUGGAGGAAAAUCAAAACACAAAUAGGAUUGCAAAAUGGUGUGAUGCUGAACUAGUUAAUUUACUGUCACAAAGAUUAGUAGCCUUCAAGCUGCAAUAGGCCAACUCCUCGGGGUACGUCUCAUGUUCACAACAACCUACAGCUGUAACACCAAGUGUUGCGAUUUGAGAAUGCGUAAAAGCGAGUUUAAAAGGCAACAAAAAAAGGUCCAAAUAGAUUGCUGAAAGUAAUAGAUCAAUGGCUGAAACAACCAGAUUCAUCCACUCCAGGUGGUAGAAUCAGCCUAAACAUGGACAUUUGUGAACAUGUGCAGCCAUGGAACCAUCAUGACCUGUUAUUUUGAAACAUUUAAUUUGCUUAAAAGGGUGCAAGGUACCAAGGUACUUGACAGAAAAGCUUGGGAACCACUGGACUAAGUCAGGACAUGUGGGAGAGGGAAUCUGAGCCACUUGAGCGUGUUCAUUUAAAAUCCAUAAGGUGGUGUGAGUGACUUGUGUGAGAGAGAUUCAAAAGAGCUUGAGGGAGAGAGUCAAAUUCCAUCCAGAUUGAAAGGACAAGGGUGUGGAAGUUUGGGGGGGGCGCUCAGCUGUUCUUUCAACAUGGAGUUUGAGUGUACAGUUCUUUCAUUAUUACUGCAGCCAACUUUAAAGUCAUAGAAUGUAGGAAAAAUUGACUUUUUAGGGGGCAGUUUCUGCUUCAAAUCGUCUGUUGUCUUCUCUUGUCAGAAGUUGUACACAAUGAUUGAAGUAUAAUAAUGUACAAAACUUC